AUUCUGGGCGACUGGUGGUUGCCCUUUAUUUUUUCUCCGCUAUCUAUCACAUCUUUUCUAAUAUUCGAAACUUAUCCCUGACAGAUGUGUCUUAUAGUAAAUAAGAAAUUUUUAUUUUCUGAAACUGUUCUUAAUUUUGUUCGAUUAUGUAGAGAUGAUUUUAAUAUCGGAAAUCAAUAGGUGAAUUUACGUAUUUGAUACGGUAUACAAUGCGCGCAAGCUCCAGGAUCUAGGAUGCUCCAGGAAGGAAGUCAACAAUCUUCUCGGCCGAUUGGGGAGAGUCGAAAUUGUCACCCUGAACGGAAUGGUGGACCAAGGAAUCCUGCGUCUCCGCCAAAAAGAUGCCAGCCUGGAGUUCGGACCGCCUCGCCGACGUACAACUGUGGUCAACUGGUACCAGGAGCGUCAUGGGACUCGACUCACCAAACCCGAAUGGCCACUGGCAUUCGUUUGCCGCAACCCAGGCACCUGCUUGCAAAUCGAGUUGGUGACCGUCAUGAUCAUCUAAUUUAUCAUUUUCUAUCAAUACUCUAUGUUUUUUCAAAAGUUAAAAAAAAAUUUGUUGGUGAUGUACUGGUAUUUUUAAAGAUUUUUUUGUGAACAACACUAAUAAUCAGAAACUCGCAAUAAAAGAAGUAAUAGUACAA